AUGCCUAACAGGCUCUCGAAACUCUUCAGUCGCUCUGACAAGAAGAAGGCAGUUACUGUCACAACAGAGCGGGCUUCCGAUUCUUCCUCACUCAGCGACUCGCAGUCCUCGCCACCUUCUCUCCGCGAUCAGCCACCACCAGACUACGAGCAAUCCCAGGAUCGUCACGAUCCAGAUCAUGCCAUCGAUGUCCCGGACAUCACCGCAGGCUUCGUCAACCUGAGAAUACCCGGCCGCGGCAAAGAUGGCCUGCCUAUGACAGCAGAAUGUAUCGCCCACCUCAAACUUCUUGAGUGCUUCUAUCGACUCAGAGCCGACGUUGCUUCACGAGAUGGACUCUUCGGCAUCCAGAACCCCACCUUUAAGCAAGUCCCGGCGGAUAACGAUGGCCGAGCUGAGUGCCUUAAGAGGCUCGCCGAAAAGCGAUGGGCCAUUUACGUCGAGCGGGCUAUCGACAGGUACGAGACCUGGCUCUCAGCUAUGGACACUGGCCGACCGAUCACGCGGAAGUCUCUCAAGGUACUGGGUCAGAAGGGAUGGUUGCUUGAAGGCGAUGCGGGGAAUGAGUAUCGUAUCGAAUUAAGCACCAUGCCGCCUGUGGACGUACUCAUGGUGUGGCACUCACAUAUGCUCAACCCUAGGGCGUAUCUCGAAGACUGCUUGAGGGCUGGAAGAAUAUCGCUUUGGAAGCGAGGCAUGCCUUGGGAGACCGUCGCAGCAGCCAUCGAUUCGACGACUUUCAAAUAUGCUCCUGGCUCCGAGGCACACUGGCGCGAGUUGACCAGCCAGUCGUGGGACAGCCUUGCAGCCGACGCUGCGCAGGAUUCAUUCAAGGUGAUCGUCUCCUCUGGCUCAGGGUACUGCGACAAAGAUUUUUACCACGUCUGCAACUACUGUGGUACUUCUUUCGAUCAUGAACACCUUCGCGCCGCCAGAAUGCUCAACGACAUCAGACUUCUCCGAGACCAAGACCUUCCCCUGCGCGGCACACUUCUCGGUAUCAAGGGCAUCCCCUGGAAAGCCUUUGGCGUGAAAGACGAUGCUCUCGAUGAGUUCAACGUUCCCCUUCGCCGUGAGCUUGGCUUCCAUCUCCGCGAUAAGAAAGCCCCAUCCAUGAAUCGCCUUCGUCAGGACCUCGAAGCCGCCUUCAAGGACAGAGCCCUCAUGCGUGUAUCCCUCGAUCUUCCAGCGCCCAAGACAAUCAAGAUCUCCGUGCGCAAGACCAUGGCACGAUACUGGGACAACUCCAGCGCUUUCGCCCUCGACCUCAACGGCGCCGUCACCCGCCAAGGCAGCUUCAUCGAGAAAAUGCACAACAUCGACUGGCUGCACUCCCCCGCUUUACCACACACCAUGUCUCGCCUCAUCGAGAAGUACGGAGUCUUCCUCAACAUCAUGGCCAAAUACCCCCGCGACAUGGCCGUGCCGACUCUCGACGUCGACCUCGCCUGGCACACCCAUCAACUGAGUCCAAAGGAGUACAUGUCCCACACCGUCCUGCUGUGCAACCAAUUCAUCGACCACGACGACAAAGUCACCGAACUCAAACUCAACGACGCCUUCGCUUGGACCUCCAAAACGUACCAGAAAAUGACCAACAAACCCUACUCGGAAUGCACAUGCUGGUACUGCGAAGCCGUCCGCGAGUCUCACUCCCAUGGUCUGAGAUCCGCUUUCCGCACGAUGGAGAUCGAACCGCAUCUCCCGACUCUCCAGCAAGACCCAGGCUCGUACGUGCACAUCUCAGCCCACAACGCUGUUCGGCCGACGGAUGAUAAGAAUCAUACGAAGCAGGCGGAGAAGCAGGCCGCGCAGCUGGAGAGGUACUACAAUAAAGCCUGCGAGAGGGCGAGGAAGAAGGGCAAGCCGGAGCCGAAGAGGGAUGACUAUUAUUAUAGCGCGGCGUAUGGGUACCCGGUGUAUAUUCCUGCGUAUAGUCCGUUUGUGGGGCCGAUGCCUUAUUGCGGAGCCGGUGUGGGUGUGGGUGUUGGUGGAGGGUGUAUGGCGGUAGGAGUGGGAAGUGUGGGGAAUUGUUGUCAGGGGACUUGUGGUGGGGGGAGUGGAGGGGGGUGCUCGAGUGGUGGAUUUGGAGGGUGUUCGGGUGGUGGAGGGGGUUUUGGGGGAUGUGCUGGGGGCAGUUCGGGAGGCGGAUUUGGAGGUUGUGGAGGUGGAGGAGGCGGAGGGUGUGGUGGUGGAGGUGGCGGUGGUGGAUGUUGUUGA